AUGUCAAUUCGGUUCAAAUUCAGGAGCUCGGUGAAUUUCGAUGCGUUGGAGAUCGGGGAACGUGCGUCGAUUCCCGUCGGGGAGCUUCGGGCGAAGAUUCUGAAGGGAAAAGGUUCUCAGCAGCAGCCGCAAGGGUUUGAUCUCGUGUUCUCCGAUGCGGAAUCUGGUUUAGAGUUUGAGGGCGAUGAUUGUCAAAUUCCAAGCGGAUCUAGCGUCAUUAUUAAGAGAGUUCCUGCUAGAACUAUGCCAUCGGCUGGGACACACGUUCAAGCUGUAAAGAAUGUUGAAAUAAAGCGGUCCUAUAAUCCAAAUCCAGACAAUGGACCAGCGGACGAAUUUGACGAUUUAGGUGCUGAUUUGUGUCCUAUGCCUGAUUCGAACUUUCCUGAGUUCAAUUUAGAUUUUGAUGACAAUGACCUCCUGGGUAAUGGAAUGGACCAGGUGGUGAGUUUAAGCAGGACAGAAUGUCAAAAGCAGGGCCCAAGUGAUCUCAGUCAAGAAACACCAAGAGGUUGUAAUCAAUCUGGAAAUGAGAGAAUUGCUGUGCCCAGAGUCGACCAACAGAUAAAGCCAAUAAAUCUGUCUGCCUCCAACUUCCCGGCUGUGCAAUGCACCAAUUUGCCAGCAGAAAUGAAGUGUCUUCUUUGCAACUCUUUCUUCAAGGAAGCAGUGAUGAUUCCUUGUUGCCAGCAUAGCUUUUGCCAAAACUGUAUCCGUCAAGUUCUUGUUGAGAAGAGGAGGUGCCCAAAGUGCUUUUCGAGCAAGUGCCGUGUAGAGGACCUACUACCAAAUUUGUCACUGCGUCAAGCUAUUGAGCAUUUUCUUGAAGCUGAGAUGCUCGAUGCUGGUGUAGAUAACGCCUUGCAGAAAUAUGCGCCAGAUGGUGAGUCUGGAAUUCAGGCUAGGGAGUUUUCAUGUGCGCCUUCAGUAGUUCAAAGGGAACUGGAAUUCCCACAGUCGUCUUCCGCAACUGGGAAAGGAUCCAAUCAAGUUUAUAAGGACGCAUAUUUUGAGCAGCAACAUCAAAGAAAUGUGCCAUUUGGCACCUCUGUUAGUAAGGACAUAAAACCUGCUUUUCCACCACAGAAAGUCAAUCAGAUAGAUGGUUUGAGUGGCUACCCUCGUCAUAAUGAUAUGCGAAGUGGGCCUGAAGAUUUUGCGCUGUCAGCAGACUUUCAGGGGGAAAAUCAACCAAUUAUUCCUCUAGCUAAUGUUCAUUUUGAAGCUGAUUAUAACACCAGGAGAAGAGGGGGGCGCUGGACUGAAUCUGGAGGUGGAGAGAGAAAUUUUAUGGGUCCUGGUGGACAUAGAAAGGGCACUCGCAAUUGCUACACAUGUGGUUCUCCUGACCACCUCAUGAGAGACUGCCCUAUAUCGCAUCCGAAUCCCAUGUUUCAGCCAGGAAAUGGAGCGUAUCAUGGGGGCAUGCAUGGCUUUGCACAGCCACCCUACUGGAAUGGCUCUUCAAUGCCACCCUUCAGGCCAUACGCCAACAUGUAUGGGAACCCUGCGAUGAUGUCGUUCAAUGCAUCCAUGGUUCCUGUUUCACCCUAUGCUGCACCUCCCUACUUUCCUUCCAUGGGCGGGAGCAUGCCUGGCCCUGGUGCAAACAUGAGAACGGGAAACAUGGGGCCUCCUAGACAUCCGGAGCACUUUGGGCUGCAACCUUGUGAGAAUAGUAGGAAGCAUCCAAAUGAAGAGUUUGAAAGAGAAACUCUAUCCGAGGAGGAGGACGAGUCCCCAGAACGCCACCGGCAUGUCACCCCAGAAAGGUCACACGAUCAAAGACCACGCAAAGAGGAGACCCGCUCGGAUGACAGCCUUGCCCGGAGGUCCGCAGGAAAAAAUCAGCAGGAUAAGUUUUUGCACGAGAAAGUUUCCCGCCCGUCCAACUCCAGUAGGGACAAGAGGACUUCCAUUGGGGAGAGGUCAAAUUCGGGCAAGGAGGAUGCUUCUAGAAGCUCCGAGGGCAGGAACAGGCACCAUCAUCACGGUGAGUCGAGGAGGCACCACGAGAGUGAGUCGAGUCAUGGUCAUUACUCGGCCCCAAAGGGUGUCAAAAGAAGGCCUGAUCCAGAUGUCAGGGGUUCUCAUCAUAGCCCUCCUGCUGAUCGGAGGAGGGAGUACAGAGAUCGUGAUUACUCCUCGAGGCAUGCUGGGAAGCACUCAAGGGAGGAAAGACGUGAGGAGAAUGGCCUGGAAAGGGACCGUGGGGAUGAGUAUCGCCACCAUAAGCGGAGAGCGCAUUAA